UGCUCCUUCUCCUUCUCCUGCUAAGCCUUAGAUCUGUCAGAAUCCACCCUUCAUAGUGGUGUUUGAGCAGGCUAGAGAUCAGUGUGAGCGCGUGUCUGUGAGGAACAGCGGAGGCUCGAGCAGGACGGGAGUCAGUGGAACGACGGAACUGCUGCGUGUAUUCCAGGAAAGUUCGAAACGCCCUUUUUCGCGAGUUCCAUUUUGCGAAUAGGGAAGCAUAUGCUCAUAUGAAUAUGAAGCUGGAUUAAACUACUUGCUGCAACGUACUGUAAAAUACAGUCUAAAGAACGUAGGCUACAAGAUGUUUUCCACAUUUAAGAGUCAGAUCUUCCUCACACUCAUCUGUAUUGCAUUGUGUUACGAGCCCACCAAGGAAGACUUGAAGUGUUUUAAUGACUAUGAGACAGAAAUGAAAUGCAGUCUCUCCUCUGAACGUCUCCAAAGCUGCUCUGGACACAAACUCAACAUCACACAUCCUGUAUUCGAUACGUUUGAAAAGUAUACAUGCAUCUUUGAGAGAAAUCAUCACAGUGACAAUUGUGAGUGCAACAUUACAGUGGAAGGGUUUGUUGCAACAGAGAUCUUCAAUACUACACUUCUGGAAGGAUCAAAUGUUUUAUUAUACAAAACAUUCAUGACUUCAGACUUCAUCAAACCUAAAAGUCCAGUCUUGUCAGUGCAAAAGAUUGAAAAUGGAAACUUUAAUGUAACUUGGGAUGACCAGUAUGAAAAAAAUGAUUUGGUAGCAGGAAUCUUUUUUGAAGGCUUGAGAAUAAAUCUGACCUAUGGCAUCAAAGGAGGACACAAAAAUAUAUCCAAGACAGUGCCGAACACUGUGAGAUCCUAUGAGAUUGUGGCCAAAAAUCUCCUGCCAAAUACCAACUACAUUCUGACAGCAACAAUGAGCACUGACUAUAAUGAUCAUAGUAUACCUAGUGACCAGAGCGCAACAGUUGAGUUCACCACCUCCUCAUCCCCAACUGAAAUAGCCAAAAUAAUUAUUCCAUCUCUCUGUGUUGGUUUAAUCGUCAUCAUUAGUAUUAUCUUCAUCUGCAUUUUGAGAAUGAAGACGAAUUGGUGGGACAAAGUCUCCAAGCCAAAAAUAGAUGGCAAUCUUGGAGAGGAAAAGGGUCAUAUUUUGCCUCCAUCUGUUACAAAGUUCUCUCCAAUCCAAGCAGAGAUUCCAACACUGGACCUUCAGGAGGAUAAGAAAUUGAUCUUAGCAUUAUCAGUGGAUACAUACAAUGAAAAAAGUUCCCACAGUGUUGAGUCAGCGCCUGUGGAUUAUGGCCAGGCUGGCCCUGAUAGCACCACCAACAUUGCAUUACGAGUUGUGGAUGCCUUGGAUAAGUUGUUUGAAUCGCAUCCAAUCCCAAACAACAGAUCACUGUUCCCCCCCAACAAUCCGGUUGCUAUGAGCACGUCAUACAAGAGUGUUAACGGCAUCAGUUCCUCAAGAGAACACAACCGUGCAAACCGAGAUUCGGGCAAUUGCUCUGGCUCAUCUGUUUUCAGCAAUAAGUCAUAUUUGGAAUCAUCCACUGAUGAUUCUGUAUUCCUGGAUACAAGAGAUAUCCAGUUUAACGCUCCCACUAAUGAUACUCUGGAAAGCCCAUAUCAGGACUUCAGUCUUUUGGAAAAGGGAAAUGAUCCAGAUGUUUGUGUGAACCUUUCAAAUGGUGUUGGUGCUGAUGAGAAAUCCAUCAUGAAAAAUCUCAUCACCAGCACAAAUCCACUCUAUCCUCCUCUGAUUCUGGAUGAUGGCAAUGUCACACCAAGUGAUGAAGGAUAUCAGGCUUUUCAAGGCUUAACAAAGAGCACAGAAGGACAGUGGAGCACAAACAUCAGUAUUGAACAAGCCCUUAAUGCAUGUGGAGCUUUGAAAUUCCCCCACAGCACCGGCCAAGAUCCCACAUCUGUGCACCAAAGUUCUUUGCAUUUCUCAUCCAUUAUUCCAAUGGACAAUUCAUAUCAGUGUGUUUAACUGGGCUGUAAAAACAAAAGAUAAGUGCAUGCCCGAAACCUUUCAUUCUUUUUUGCAUGCAAUGUCUACAGUUACAAUGAAUUAUUAAUCUGAAAAUAUGACCAGUAAUAAGGACUAUGUAAACUUUGUUCAUUGUUUGUACAGACUUAAAGCCAAGGCCUUGAAUUUAGGUUUUGCUAGCUACUGUACUUCUGCAAUAAGAUGUUGAAAAAUGCCUUAAAAGGAUACUCCACCAAUUACAAUGAUCUCAUGCUGUCCCAGAUGACUUUCGUUCUUCUGUGGAACACAAACACAGAUUUUUGACAUUAAGUCAAAUUUGCAAAGACAUGAUAACAAUACAGUUCUUAUUCGGUUUAAUAAUGCUGUGAAAACAAAUGAUGGGUAUUUUUUCAUUUUAACUUUUGAUCUGUAUAAUAAGAAAUUUUGUUUAAUAACUAAAUCAAGGAUCCACUCUUUCAACAAUAAGGGGUUAUACAGUGACUUAAAUUCUCUUGGAAGUCAUGCAUUAUUUUUCUUGGCAUUGACAUUUUUAUUACAUUAUACGACAUUUGCUAAUGGCAUUAUUAGAGGGUCUAUACUUGCUGUCUCAGUCUGUGAAUAGAACUUGUAUUUUUCUAUAGGAUGUUGUUUCA